AUGGCUGUACCCACAAAAGAUCUCGUCGAACUACCCGACGACGUUUUAGCAGUCAUGUUUGAUCAGAUACUGGUAACUAUUGGAGUAUGGAAGAUCAUGAACUUACGAGUUCUUUGCAGACUCUUCAAUACAAUAAUCACGAAGACUUCAUGCCUCAACUACAUGGCAGACUCAAAAGGCCCAGUUGACGACGCUCUUGAAAUAUGUCUCAUAUAUCCUGACAGCAAAUUGCCCGGCAUCGCACAUCUCUUCAUUCAUCUAGAAAUGAAAUACAACCCUCACCACAUAAUACUCUCUCCUGUCUCUUAUGCUAUCCAAUCUGUGAAGACACGUAGUAGCAACAUCCAGACAAGAGACAAACAAACAGCUCUCGAGAUCCAAGUCUGCCAUGCGAUAGAAGAACGUUUGAAGUGGGGCUCGAACGAUGACCGACAUCCAGGUGCAUGUGGCCGAAGGAGAUUACAAUUUCGUAACGCUGCUAUCGGUGAAGAUGACGAAGCAAGGCUAAACAUCCAAACUACUCUCAGUGUAGCUAUUAUUGCUGGAGAUGCUUUCGUUGUACGAGAGCUGCUUGGAAAUUGUAACGUCGAUGCCGAUUUAGACAACAGAUACUUUGGACGACCUUUACAUGUUGCCGCGAGUUAUGAAAGAACCGAAAUCAUCGAGAUUCUGCUUGAGUAUGGUGCAGAUUUGAGUUCAGCUCGGCCAUAUCUAAUCCACGAGUCAAAGAGGUUCACAAUGCACCUGCAGAAGUUUAUUUGCACUUUAGGGAGCCCUUUACGAAUAGCAGCAUUAAAUGGCCAUCUCGAAGCUGUAAAACUUCUCACCAAGCCACGUUACAAUGCCGUGUUACCAUAUCCAGAAGAGGAAAUCCAGGAAAUUUUUCGCGCAGCAGCUAGAAGUGGGAGUAUAGCUUUGAUUUCUAUUCUCGCCGAGUCAUUUUUAAGAAUCACUACCUUCGGACCUACCAUCGAAUAUUCGAGAAGAAAUGCUUAUUCAAACGGAGUAGACAUCAAUUUUCAGGUAUCUGCUAAUUGGAAAACUAUGCCCAAUUGGUCGCCCAUUCACUGUGCCGCUUAUAAGGGCCGCUCGAAAGUUGUUCAGCUACUACUUGAAAAUAGCACAAAUCGAGAUGACUAUGCCACCGGCAUACGUGUACGUUACAACAAUAUGGAUGCGAUAGGGUUUGCCGUUUCCAAGGGCCAUGAGGAUGUCGUUCAUGUUCUUUUGAAUCACGGUGUUUCGUUAGCAAGACACAGAGGAUACAACGCUGCACUAAUUGAUAUAGCCUCAAUUUGGAGCCAGCAUCAUAUGAUGAGCCUACUAUUGAAGAAUGCGGCGAAUUCCGAUACACCCAUCAAAAGAACGGCUUUAUUCAAUGCUAUUGAAAAUGGAGAUCUCCUAUCUCUGCGUCUCCUGGUAGAAGCCGGCUACCCUGUCGAGACCACCAAAGACGUUGACCCUAUUAAUCACGGCUCUUCUCCAGUCUUUCUAGCAAAGAAAUGGGGGUGGCCACAUAUUCUAGAGUACAUUUUCAGUGUCAUCAAUGAAAAGAUCGAUCCAUUGGGCGAAGAGCAAUCUCCCCUUGAUCGACUGCCAGAAAUGGUUUCAUGA